GUGGAGACAUGACAGAGGGAGCAUCAGGGUGUGGAGACAUGGUAGGGAGAGAGUCAGAGUGUGGAGACAUGGCAGAGGGAGCAUCAGGGUGUGGAGACAUGGUAGGGAGAGAGUCAGAGUGUGGAGACAUGACAGAGGGAGCAUCAGGGUGUGGAGACAUGGUAGGGAGAGAGUCAGAGUGUGGAGACAUGGCAGAGGGAGCAUCAGGGUGUGGAGACAUGGUAGGGAGAGAGUCAGAGUGUGGAGACAUGACAAAGGGAGCAUCAGGGUGUGGAGACAUGGUAGGAGGAGAGUCAGACUGGGGAGAAUCAGGGUGUGGAGACAUGGUAGGGGGAGAGUCAGGGUGUGGAGACAUGGUAGGAGGAGAGUCAGAGUGUGGAGAAUCAGGGUGUGGAGACAUGGUAGGGGGAGAGUCAGGGUGUGGAGACAUAGUAGGGGGAGAGUCAGGGUGUGGAGACAUGGUAGGGGGAGAGUCAGGGUGUGGAGACAUGACAGGGAGAGUCAGGGUGUGGAGACAUGACAGGGGGAGAGUCAGGGUGUGGAGACAUGACAGAGGGAGAGUUGGGGUGUGGAGAUAUGACAGGGGGAGAGUCAGGGUGUGGAGACAUGGCAGAGGGAGUCAGGGUGUGGAGACAUGGCAGAGGGAGCAUCAGGGUGUGGAAACAUGGCAGAGGGAGAGUCAGGGUGUGGAGACAUGGCAGAGGGAGAGUCAGGGUGUGGAGACAUGGCAGAGGGAGAGUCAGGGUGUGGAGACAUGGCAGAGGGAGAGUCAGGAUGUGGAGACAUGGCAGAGGGAGAGUCUGGGUGUGGAGACAUGGCAGGGGGAGAGUCAGGGUGUGGGGACAUGACAGAGGGAGAGUCAGGGUGUGGAGACAUGGCAGAGGGAGAGUCAGGGUGUGGAGACAUGGCAGAGGGAGAGUCAGGGUGUGGAGACAUGGCAGAGGGAGAGUCAGGGUGUGGAGACAUGGCAGAGGGAGAGUCUGGGUGUGGAGACAUGAUAGAGGUAGAGUCAGGGUGUGGAGACAUGGCAGGGGGAGAGUCUGGGUGUGGAGACAUGGCAGGGGGAGAGUCUGGGUGUGGAGACAUGGCAGGGGGAGAGUCUGGGAGUGGAGGCAUGGCAGAGGGAGAGUCAGGGUGUGGAGACAUGGCAGGGGGAGAGUCAGGGUGUGGAGACAUGACAGGGGGAGAGUCAGGGUGUGGAGACAUGACAGAGGGAGAGUCAGGGUGUGGAGACAUGACAGAGGGAGAGUCUGGGUGUGGAGACAUGGCAGAGGGAGAGUCAGGGUGUGGAGACAUGGCAGAGGGAGAGUCAGGGUGUGGAGACAUGACAGAGGGAGAGUCAGGGUGUGGAGACAUGACAGAGGGAGAGUCAGGGUGUGGAGACAUGGCAGAGGGAGAGUCAGGGUGUGGAGACAUGACAGAGGGAGAGUCAGGGUGUGGAGACAUGGCAGAGGGAGAGUCAGGGUGUGGAGACAUGACAGAGGGAGAGUCUGGGUGUGGAGACAUGGCAGGGGGAGAGUCUGGGUGUGGAGACAUGGCAGUGGGAGAGUCAGGGUGUGGAGACAUGACAGAGGGAGAGUCAGGGUGUGGAGACAUGACAGAGGGAGAGUCUGGGUGUGGAGACAUGGCAGAGGGAGAGUCAGGGUGUGGAGACAUGACAGAGGGAGAGUCUGGGUGUGGAGACAUGGCAGAGGGAGAGUCAGGGUGUGGAGACAUGGAAGAGGGAGAGUCAGGGUGUGGAGAUAUGGCAGAGGGAAAGUCAGGGUGUGGAGACAUGGCAGAGGGAGAGUCAGGGUGUGGAGACAUGACAGAGGGAGAGUCAGGGUGUGGAGACAUGACAGAGGGAGAGUCAGGGUGUGGAGACAUGGCAGAGGGAGAGUCAGGGUGUGGAGACAUGACAGAGGGAGAGUCAGGGUGUGGAGACAUGGCAGAGGGAGAGUCAGGGUGUGGAGACAUGACAGAGGGAGAGUCUGGGUGUGGAGACAUGGCAGGGGGAGAGUCUGGGUGUGGAGACAUGGCAGGGGGAGAGUCUGGGUGUGGAGACAUGGCAGGGGGAGAGUCUGGGUGUGGAGACAUGGCAGGGGGAGAGUCAGGGUGUGGAGAUAUGGCAGAGGGAGAGUCAGGGUGUGGAGACAUGAUAGAGGGAAAGUCAGAGUGUGGAUACAUGGCAGAGGGAGAGUCAGGGUGUGGAGACAUGGCAGAGGGAGAGUCAGGAUGUGGAGACAUGGCAGAGGAAGAGUCAGGGUGUGGAGACAUGAUAGGGGGAGAGUCAGGGUGUGGAGACAUGGCAGGGGGAGAGUCAGGGUGUGGAGACAUGGCAAAGGGAGAGUCAGGGUUUGGAGACAUGGCAGAGGGAGAGUCUGGGUGUGGAGACAAGGCAGAGGGAGAGUCAGGGUGUGGAGAUAUGGCAGAGGGAGAGUCAGGGUGUGGAGAUAUGGCAGAGGGAGAGUCAGGGUGUGGAGAUAUGGCAGAGGGAGAGUCAGGGUGUGGAGACAUGGCUGGGGGAGUCAGGGUUUGGAGAUAUGUCAGAGGGAGAGUCAGGGUGGGGAGACAUGGCAGAGGGAGAGUCAGGGUGUGGAGACAUGGCAGAGGGAGAGUCAGGGUGUGGAGAUAUGGCAGAGGGAGAGUCAGGGUGUGGAGACAUGGCUGGGGGAGUCAGGGUUUGGAGAUAUGUCAGAGGGAGAGUCAGGGUGGGGAGACAUGGCAGAGGGAGCAUCAGGGUGUGGAGACAUGA